CUGACCCCCCAACACGCAACCAGCCAAGUCUCCUGCUAGCUCUCCGUCGGUCCACUCCAUUCGACACUCGACCAGCACGCGCUGUUUCCACCGUGCUGUACGUCCAUUUCCCACGUCCCAGUCCCACCAUCCAAAUUCCAAGUCCACCUUCCCCGUGCCCGACUCCACACACCACUCAGCUCGGUCGUCCUCGCCGCACUUGCUUGCUUAUCCCCUUCGUCGAUCUCCCGCCACCCCCGCAGCCUCCACUACCAGGCCCUGCAGGCCACCACCUCCGUCCAUGGCUGUCCUCGUCAUCCUCCUCCUGGUCACCUUCCUCCCGUACACCGCCCUCGCCGCCUUCUCCCCGGCCUUCACCUUCUUCCUCGCCUGCGGCGCGGACUCGAGCGUCUCCUUCCCGCGGGACAGCCCUGCCCGCACCUUCACCAAGGACGACCCGUUCCUGACCUCCUCGCGCGCCCAGGCGCUGACGAACGCCAACGCCAACAGCGCCGCCUCUCCGCUCUAUGCCGCCGCGCGCGCCUCAAGUUCGGCCUUCUCCUACAAGCUCCACAUCCCCGACGACUCCGCCGGGCAGGCCGCCGUGUUCCUCGUCCUCCGCCUCCACUUCUUCCCUUUCGCCGCCUUGCAAUCCGGCGUCAGCAUCGACUCCGCGAGCUUCUCGGUCUCCGUUCGGGACGCGUACACCCUACUGUCCUCCUUCUCGCCGCCGAGCGCCCGCGUCGUCAAGGAGUUCUUCAUCCCGGCAGGCGGCUCCGGCGACUUCCGCAUCACGUUCACGCCGGACACCGGCUCGGCAGCGUUCGUCAACGCUGUCGAGAUGUUCCCGGCUCCACCGGAGCUGCUGUGGAACAGCUCGGUGACGCCGGUGGGCGCGGCGGUGCACGCCGACAUGGCCCAGUGGCAGCAGCAGGCGCUGGAGACGGUGUACCGCCUCAACGUGGGCGGCCCCCUGGUGAGCAAGGAGAACGGCACGCUCUGGCGGACUUGGCUCCCCGACGACCCCUUCCUCUUCGGCCCCUCGGGGAUCUCGAUGGUGAACACGACCAACACCCCAAUCGUGUACGACGCCCCCUACACCCGCGAGGUGGCGCCGGACAUCAUCUACAAGACGCAGCGCGCGACGAACGCGUCGGCGGGGAGGCUAUGGCUGCAGCCGCCGCUUUUCAACGUGACGUGGAGCUUCCCGGCGGAACCGGGGUCCGGCUACCUCGUCCGUCUCCACUUCUGCGACUACGAGCUGGUGAGCAGCGUCGUCGGAGUGGGCAUCAUGUUCAACGUCUUCAUCGGGCCAGACAUGGGUACCCCGGACCUGAUGCCGACGAAAACAAUUGCGACGCUGGCGAACCGUGCCUUCUACCUAGACUACGCGGCCACGGCGCCGAUUACCGGCGGGAACCUCACCGUCAGCAUCGGCAAGUCGGUCAAGAGCAGCGCCGACGAAGGUGGCUUUCUGAAUGGGGUGGAGAUCAUGCGGCUGAGACCUUCGGACUCGAGCUUGUUGAAGACAGGGUCGCGUGGUGCCAGCAGUAAGAAGACGGUCUUGAUCAUCACCCUCUCGGCCCUGCUGGGCGCAUCUGUCCUCGCGUGCGCCGCGCUGUGCUUGAUGGUGCUGCGGCGGCGGAGGAGAAGCCAUGCCCAUGCGCCGGAGGUGGAGAAGGAGGCCACCAGCACCCUGCCCUGGUCGCCGUACACACAGGACAGCUCCUCGGGCGGGUGGCCCGUGGAGCCGUCGAGCCGGUCUGUCGGCGAGGGUACGACGGGCGCGGUGCAGCAGAGGGUGGGCACGCAGCAGCUCCACAUCCCGCUGGAGGAGCUCAAGGCGGCCACGGACAACUUCCACGAGCGCAACCUGAUCGGCGUGGGCGGGUUCGGCAACGUGUACCGCGGCGUGCUCCGCGACGGCACCCGCGUGGCGGUGAAGCGCGCGACGCGCGCCUCCAAGCAGGGCCUCCCCGAGUUCCAGACGGAGAUCGUGGUGCUGUCCCGCAUCCGGCACCGCCACCUGGUGUCCCUGAUCGGCUACUGCAACGAGCAGGCGGAGAUGAUCCUGGUGUACGAGUACAUGGAGAUGGGCACGCUGCGGAGCCACCUGUACUACGGGGGGUCCGGCUCCGGCGACUCCGACUCCUCCUCGCCGCCGCCGGCGCUGUCGUGGAAGCAGCGGCUGGAGAUCUGCAUCGGCGCGGCGAGGGGCCUGCACUACCUGCACACGGGCUACUCCGACAACAUCAUCCACCGCGACGUCAAGUCCACCAACAUCCUCCUCGGCGACGGCUUCAUCGCCAAGGUGGCCGACUUCGGGCUCUCCCGCGUGGGCCCGUCCUUCGGGGAGACGCACGUGAGCACGGCGGUGAAGGGCAGCUUCGGGUACCUGGACCCGGAGUACUUCAGGACGCAGCAGCUCACGGACCGCUCCGACGUCUACUCCUUCGGGGUGGUGCUGCUCGAGGUGCUGUGCGCGCGCCCGGUGAUCGACCAGCAGGCGCCGGACCGCGACCAGAUCAACCUGGCGGAGUGGGCCGUGGCGUGCCACCGGCGGGGGCAGCUGGCCAAGGCCGCCGACCCGCGCAUCGUCCUCGCCCAGGUGAACGACAACUCGCUGCGCAAGUUCGCGGAGACGGCGGUGAGGUGCCUGGCGGACUACGGGCAGGAGCGGCCGUCCAUGGGCGACGUGCUCUGGAACCUCGAGUACUGCCUGCAGCUGCAGGAGACGCACGUGCGCCGGGACGCCUUCGAGGACAGCGGCGCCGUCGGCGCGCAGUUCCCCGACGACGUCGUGGUGCCGCGCUGGGUGCCGUCGUCGUCGACCAGCUUCCUCACCACCGGCGACACCGACGAGACGGCCGUCAGCGUCACCGACGUGGGCGGCGUCAACAGCAAGGUGUUCUCCCAGCUGAGCAGCGGCGAGGGGCGAUGAUUUGAUGACUGAUGAUCCUGUGCCGCCGGUCGUGCAAUCCGAGUCACAUUCAGACUUCAGAUAGUAUAGGACACAGCCAAUGCAAGAAAUUCAGAAGCUAAUUAAGCUGCUGCAGAAUUCGCUAAUCUGUACAAAAUUAAAGGGCAAUCUUCAUGAAAACCCGUGUAAACCAUGGCAAAAAAAUCGUUUAAAUUCACCAAAAAAAUCACUCAUAUAGAUGAUAUGAUGAUACACAACAUUGUAAAAUAUCUCCAAACUCGACUUCGUUAGUGAGAUAUGAAAAUAACAAAUUUCUAACAAAUCAUCUGGACAGCUUUCUGACUUGAAAUUUGAUAUUUUCAUAUCCCACAAAGGAAGUCAAGUUUGGACAAAAUAUUUUACAAGGUUGUAUAUCAUCAUAUCAUCUAAAUAUGCUCGUUGUACUAAUUGUAAUUUGUAAUGCAUGCAUGCGGCCAAAACAAAUUGACUAGUCAUUGAUUGA